AUGUUCCCAUCCUCAAGCAAAAGAAUAGCCAGCCUCAUACCGACCCUGCGGGCGCUUCCCCUCAGGAGGUUCUACUCGGCCCCUCCCUCCUUGGACGCCGCAGAGAAGCAUAUUUAUGAGAAGCUCGAGAAAGAGCUGGAACCGCUAAUGCUUGACGUUCGUGACGUCUCUGGUGGCUGCGGCUCGAUGUAUGCCAUCAACAUUGUCAGUGACAAGUUCAACGGCAUAUCCAUGGUCAAACAGCACAGACUGGUCAACUCUAUCUUGAAGGAGGAGAUCAGUGGAUGGCACGGAUUGCAAUUGAAGACAAGGGCGAACAAGAAAUAG